UACAUCUCCUCCCUCAUCAAUAACAAAAAAAAAAAAAAUAUGUUCAUCCUUUCAGGAAAACCCCUCUCUUUGUUGUUAUCUUUUAUUUCCAUAUUGAUCAACACCACCACCUUAGCUCAAUCCGAUUUCCUUUACCAUAUCUGCGAAAACACGGCUAACUAUACCACAAACAGUAGGUACCAAAGAAACCUCAACACCACCCUCUCCACCCUCCCCACCACCAACAACGGGUUCGGUUUCUACAACCUCACAACCGGCCAAGGCAAUGAUACGGUCAACUCCAUCGCCCUUUGUCGAGGCGACGUCACCCCGGAUGUCUGCCAGAGUUGUCUCAAUGACUCCACUGUUAAGUUGAGACAACUCUGCCCGAACCAAAAGGAAGCAGUAGGAUACUACGACAACUGUUUGUUGCAAUACUCCAACCAGAACAUAUUGGGAAACACAAGAGUAAAGACUUAUGUGUUUAUGGCUAACCCCCAAAAUUCGACAAAUAUUGAUCGGUUCAAUGGUGAUUUGGGUCCUCUAUUGAGGAAGCUGAGAGGUGAUGCGUCCGCAGGCGGCCCCCUACAGAAGUUCGCCACGGAUAACACGAGUGGUCCAGAUUUUUCAACGAUCUAUGGGCUUGUGCAAUGCACUCCAGACUUAUCCGAGACCCAGUGUAGUGAUUGUUUGGAAGAUAUAAUCAAUAGAAUUGCACUAUAUUUUAAUGGGAGAGUUGGAGGAAGAAUACUUGUACCUAUGUGUAAUUUUAGAUAUGAGACAUAUCGGUUUUAUAAUCAGAGUGCUCGGGUUACUCCUCAACCACCACCACCACCAUCACCAACGGUUUUACCAUCAUCUCCGCCAGUCUCACCACCAGGCAAAAAAAGUAACACUACAAGAACUGUGGUAAUCAUAACUGUUAUUGUGAUAGUCGCUGUCAUUAUAGUAAUCGCUUCACUUUGUAUCAUUAUGAGAUCCAGGAAGAAGAAAAGGCAAGCGAUACCUCAAGCAGUUGAAAGUAUUCAUACUGAAACGGCUAUGGAUAUUAGGACAGAAGAAUCUUUGCAGUACGACUUUAGUAUAGUGAAAGCAGCAACAAAUGACUUCUCAGAAGAAAAUAAGCUUGGACGAGGUGGUUUUGGAACGGUUUACAUGGGUACACUUGGAGAAGGAAACCAAAUAGCAGUGAAGAGGCUAGCAUGGGAUUCUGGACAAGGUGAUGUAGAAUUUAAAAAUGAGGUUUUGCUAGUAGCAAAACUUCAGCAUCGUAAUUUAGUCCGGCUGCUAGGAUUCAGCAUAGAAGGUAGUGAACGCCUUCUCAUUUAUGAGUUCAUGCCAAAUGCAAGUCUUGAUCAAUUUAUAUUUGAUCCAACUAAACGUACUAUUCUUGAUUGGGAAAAGCGCUAUAAUAUCAUCAAAGGAAUUGCGAAGGGGCUACUAUACCUUCAUGAAGAUUCCCGUCUAAGAAUAAUUCAUCGUGAUAUGAAGGCAAGUAAUGUUCUGCUAGAUGCACAAAUGACCCCUAAAAUUGCUGAUUUUGGUAUGGCAAGGUUGUUUAAAACUGAGGAAACCCAAGGAGACACUAGCCGAAUUGUUGGAACCUAUGGUUAUAUGGCACCUGAAUAUGCCAUGCAUGGACAAUACUCAGUCAAGUCAGACGUCUUUAGCUAUGGAGUGUUAGUACUAGAGAUGGUAACAGGUCAAAAGAACCAAUGUUUUCAGAAUGGAGAGAGUGUAGAAGAUCUUCUUAGCUUUGCAUGGAAAAGUUGGAGGAAUGGGACAGCCUCAGAUAUAAUAGAUCCAACAUUGAAGGCUGGAUCAAGUUCAUUGCGUGACAUCAUCAGAAGUAUCCAUAUUGGUUUAUUAUGUGUUCAAGAAAAUGUUAUUGAUCGUCCAACCAUGGCUUCAGUUGUUCUUAUGCUUAAUAGCUUCUCUAUUACGCUUCCUGUACCAUCACAACCUGCAUUUUUCGUGCGUAGUAACAUUGAUCCUGAAAUGCCACUUCUGCAUGAGUACAGCUCUUCCACAGGGAGCAAUGGUUUUGAAAAACCUAAAAUAUCAAAAUCUAAAUCAAGAUCAUCUCAGUAUUCCUUAAAUGAAGUUUCAAUGUCAGAUUUUGUUCCUAGAUAGGCAUCCAAAAUGCAUUAUUUUUUUUAUUUCGAAUUGCAAAGUUCAACAUAAAUUAAAAUCCUUAUCCUGCAUUGUUAUAAA